AUGAACCACCUGCCAGCAGAAAAGUUACCAGUCAUAGUAUACAAUCUUCUCUUCAGUGGAAGAAUAUGGAGUUCCUUCAGUGGUGAAAUGAAUAUGACUCUUAGUUCUCUUGGCAUUACUGUCUGCCCUCUUUUGUUGCAGAGUGUGUUGUUUGAUUCGCUUACGAGCCUCCACUCAUCUGUUGGUUUUGGUGCAAUCUCCACACAAAACACCUCUCCUGCUGACCCCUUCCGACCAUACGAGUGCCACACAUGUGGGAAAAGGUUCAAGCUCAACCAUCAUCUGAAGCAGCACAGCAGAAUCCAUACUGGGGAACGACCCUUUGCCUGUAAUCUAUGUGGCAAAACCUUCACACAACAAAGUAGUUUCCGUUACCAUAUAAAGAAGCUUUGUGGUUCUAGCAUGGUAAAACCCACUGGAACGUUGCCAAAUGCCAAUCAAAGCAAUUUGACCGUGGCUAACAUGAAUCAGUCUGUCAUCUCCAUGCCAAAUGUGACCCAAUGUAAUGUUCCCAUACCAAGUGUUACGCAAUUUAAUGUACCACUGCCUAAUGUGAACAUCCAUUCUGAUGUGGCUCCCAGCCGAAUGCAACCUGAUGGUAGUCAGUCUUUGCCACCCGCUUGGGAAGUGAGUACGCCUGCCAGACAGUGUGUUGCCCCUCAGACUGGCAUGGGAGCUGGUUGGUUGUCCACUGGGCUCAUCGGGUCACACCCACAGCAACGUAAACAGGAUAAGGACAACUCUUAUAAGCAACACCACUGUCCCUUCUGUAAUAAGCAGUUUCGAAGAAAGGACCACCUCACUCAACAUAUCCGUAUUCACACCGGCGAGAAACCAUACUCCUGUCCCCGUUGUGGACGAGGCUUCAAUCAGAAAAGUCCACUGAUGUAUCACAUGAAAUUUUAUGUUUUCAUUGGUGAUGGUGGUAUGGGUGGAUUGGCUGUCAAGCUACCACACCUCUGGCUGUCGGGAGGGUCAGGCAUAGGAAGCCACCCGCAGUCCAUGCCACAGCAGCACCAGCAUCCACAUCAGCAACGCCACCAGCAGGGACUACCUGACCCCCGCCCAUAUGCUUGCUCCUUCUGUGGUCGUCGUUUCAAGCGCUCUGAUCACCGACGACAGCAUGAGCGGCUGCACACAGGCGAAAAGCCCUAUGGCUGCCCACGAUGUGGUGCCAAAUUUGCCCAACAAAGUGGUCUUCAUUAUCAUAAAAUUAAUGCCUGUCGUGAAGAGCCACAUGAUGCAACAUUAAUGCCCACCUCUUGUCUGUUGCAGAGUGGCCAUGGGGUCGUGGUGUAUAAGUGGCUGCAGUUAGGUGAGGGCGGGCCAUGGGUGGGUGGCCACCAGGGUUUAGUGGUGCCAGGCAGAACAGCUGGGGCAGGGGAACGCAGGUUUGUGUGUGAUGUGUGUGGGCGUAGCUACAAACGACGUGAUAAUCUCAGUCAACAUCAGAGAAGUCACACAGGGGAACGACCAUAUGUUUGCCUACGAUGUGGCUCUACCUUUUCUCAGCGAUGGGCUUUACACUACCACAGACUGAAAGGCUGUGUUGCUGCCCAUGAUAGUGGCAAUACUAUGUACUUAUCAGAAUUAAGACUGGAAAUGGGCAAGUUCUGUGAGCCAGGUGUUGGAGUUGAUGUGGUGUCUGUGUUGCAGGCGUGGUGGUGGGCUGCACGGGGGUGUCUUGGGGAGGUGCCAGGGGGUGUGCGAGCCCCAACUUGCCCACAUUGUGGUCGCACCUUCACUCGCCAUGACUCUCUCAAGCAGCACCUACGGAUUCACACAGGGGAGCGGCCCUACAAGUGCAGCAACUGUGGUCAUGCAUUCAAACACCGCAUGUCCCUGACCCGCCAUAAGAGCAAGUGUGUCCCUGGAACCCUUGCUUUACCUCAACUUUGGAAGCAGAUUUAAUGGAUAUAGCUCAUUAUGCUUUCUGUCUUGGUAUCAUGUAGAUCCUGGUGCUUUUUGCCAUUUAUUUUAUUUGGCUAGAUGGAUCAUCUAAUGGUGAAAGGAUAUUGCAUUGUAUGUUGUGACAUAUCAAAAGAAAUUGCAAAGGAAUGUUCACAAGUUUUUACACCCCAUGGUAAUUCUUAGGGUGUUUUCAAUGAUAGUGAUUGAUAGUCACAGUCCUUUACUUAGAGAUAAUCUGUGAGCAUAUUUAUUUAUUAUUAUUAUUUUUUUUUUUUGCUAUUGUCUCAUGUGGCCAGAUUACAACUUUUUAAUUUGGUUUUCAGCAUUUUUGUUGAUAAAUUGAACUGUGAAGCAGAGCAUUGUGAUUUAGACAAACCUCUGUAUAGAUUCAACUUUUAUUUUGUUAUAGUUCAGAUUUUGACUGCAGUCAUUCAUAAAUUGUGUAUAUAAAUAUCGAGAUUACAUAUUGCCAUAAUUACUGAUAUUUUUCUUAAGUUUGGAUAUUAAAUGUGAAACAUAGAAUAAAGAGAUAUAUAGAA